AAAACAUUUUAUUUAUUCAAAUGUACACAAAAUCAUGUGCUUACGUACGGACUGAUUACACUUUAGAGUAGAGCGAAAUUUCAUUUAGUUUCUAUUUAAGUUCUUACGGUACUUACCAACGAAUUGAGCCUUUUCAUAUUUACAAUAUGCAUAUUUACACAAAUUCGCAUGCGGCGAAAAAUGUUCCAAUUCCAUUCUGAACUUAGCGCCCACGCUACCUUGUCUCACGUUUCGAACUCGAACAGCUGACUUCAGUGGCAAAGUAUGUGGUCGCAUUAACAUGAAUAAAUUAUUAAGUUUCAGCCAAAAAUAUUCUGCGUUUAUUAAUUUCUGGAACAUUAAAUAUUGCUCACUCUCAUUCAAGCCACAUGUGUGCCGUAUGUUAUGUUCCGCACCCGACGUUGCGACAAAAAAUACUUCACAAGAUUUCUCAAGUAUACCAAUAGAUCGUAUUCGUAAUUUUUGUAUAAUAGCUCAUGUAGAUCAUGGAAAAAGCACACUUGCAGAUCGUAUUCUCGAAAUUACUGGGGCAAUAUCUCAGAACUCUGGGAACCAAGUACUGGAUAGCUUACAAGUUGAACGAGAGCGUGGUAUAACAGUAAAAGCCCAAACUGCAUCUAUAUUCUAUAUGUACAAUAAUCAAAAGUAUUUAUUGAAUUUGAUUGAUACGCCGGGCCAUGUUGACUUCUCCAACGAGGUGUAUAGAUCAUUGGCGGCGUGCGAUGGAGUAAUUUUGCUUGUAGAUGCAUGUCAUGGAGUUCAAGCGCAAACAGUCGCAAAUUACCAUUUGGCGAAAUCUCGAAGAUUGGAGGUAAUACCGGUACUUAAUAAAAUUGAUAUGAAGCACGCAAAUCCUGAAAUGGUCUGCAAAGAUUUAAAAUAUCUUUUUGAUAUUGAACCAGACUCUGUUUUAAAGAUAUCCGCUAAAUUGGGAUCAGGUGUCUCUGCCGUUCUCGAUAGAGUAAUUGAAGUAAUUCCAUGCCCACAAGUUAAUCGUACAUCUCUUUUUCGGGCAUUUAUUUUUGACAGCUGGUUUGAUAAAUAUAGAGGUGCUUUAAACCUUAUAUAUGUAUUGGAUGGCCAAUUAAAUGUAGGGCAAGAAAUUCAAUCAAUGAUAACUAAAAAAGUGUAUUCAGUAAAAAAUAUUUCAGUUUUAAGGCCUGCGGAACAAAGUAUUACUUGCAUAUCAGCUGGACAAGUGGCUUUAAUUGCAUGUAAUAUGCGUAACAGCAAGGAGUCUAUCAUCGGUGAUACAAUACAUCUUAAAAAUCAGAAAACAACUUCCGUUAACACAUUUAAGCCGCAGCAACCAAUGGUAUUUGCUGGCGUUUUUCCGGCGGAUCAAUCGAAACACGUUCAUUUGCGUAGCGCAAUUGAGAAACUUGCUCUCAAUGAUUCAGCGGUGACAAUAAAUAUUGAUUCUAGCCCUGCCCUAGGCCAAGGUUGGCGAUUAGGGUUCUUAGGACUUUUACAUAUGGAAGUUUUUUGUCAGCGCUUAGAGCAGGAGUAUGGAGCAGAACCUAUAAUAACGGCACCAUCUGUAACGUAUCGAAUUGUACUUAAGAAUCCUAAAAUGAUAAAGCAACUAGGAAAAGACACAUUAGAGCUUUCAAAUGCAGCUUUAUUUCCGGAGCCAAUCCAUGUGAAAGAAUAUUACGAACCCCUUGUAAAAGGUACAAUUAUAACGCCUACCAGGUAUGUAGGUGAAAUUAUUGGUUUAUGUACAAAUCGACGUGGCGUCCAAAUGAGUUCUAUAAAUAUUGAUAACGAUCGUCUUUUAAUGAACUACAUUAUGCCUUUAAGUGAAAUUAUUUUGGAUUUCAAUGACUACUUAAAAUCUGUCAGUUCUGGAUAUGCUAGUUUCAAUUACGAAGAUUAUGGUUACCAUUUAACCCACGUUGUACGACUUGAAAUACAUAUUAACAAUCGACUUGUUGAAGAGUUGAGUCGUAUUGUACAUGCGUCGAAAGCUAAUAAUAUUGCACGCGAUAUAGUAACAAAAUUAAAGGAACAGAUUCCAAAACAGAUGGUUCAAAUUGCAAUACAAGCUUGCGUUGGAGGUAAAGUUUUGGCACGCGAAACCAUCAAAGCAUAUCGGAAGGAUGUGACUGCCAAAUUGUAUGGCGGAGACGUAACGCGACGCAUGAAGUUGCUGAGACAACAAACGGAGGGGAAGAAAAAAAUGCGCAUGUUUGCAAAUAUACGUAUUCCGCAUGAAACAUUUAUAAAUGUUUUGAAACGCUAAUGCCUUCUUAAUGCAAUUGCGAUAUUAACUGUUACAGACUGAAAUUCUUUGUGGCAAGCGCUACUUCAGCGCCAAUACAAACAAUCUAGAGUGGUGGCAGACGAUCACAAAGUACAACAAUGCAAACGUUUACCUCAGUUCCAGGAAAAACUUAUAUAUUAAGUAAAUUUUUUUGGCUUUACUCUUGUUCACUGUUCCGCCAACUUUGUUACUAGAUGAACAGCUGACUUAAGCUCUUUAUCAGCUGUUUUGAUGACGUUGACGGUAUGUGUACUCGAUAAUAAAAUAUAAAAACUGUUUAAGUUUAUUUAAGUUGGUUAAAUUUGUAAGUGAAUAUGUAAAAGUUAUGUAAGCGUUGCCAUAUGAGCUCAGUUUAGCAAAAAAGUCGGGAAUUCGAGCAAUAAAGGCGUUGGUAAAAUAAUAAA